UAAAUCCACGGUUACACACAACCAACCAAAACCACAUUCAACCUUAAAAAAUCUCCAAACAUCAUCCCAUUCUUCCAACCUUAAACUCUCCAAACUCCCAUCAAAAUGGAACCAUCACCACCAUACGACGAAACCGGCAUCCGAAUCUACACCCCAUCACCCCAAACCACACACAAUCCACCACCACAAACCACCACACCCACCCACCGUAAACGCCUCCAAAAAACGAUCUCAAAAAGCGUCCAAAAAACCCUCUCAAAAACCUCAUUACUCGUCAACUUCCUCCCCACCGGUACUCUACUAACAUUCGAAAUGGUCCUACCCUCAAUCUACGGCAAAGGCCACUGCACAACAGUCGCCACGCUCAUGAUCAACUUCUUACUCGCAAUUUGCACGUUUUCUUGCUUUUUCUUUCACUUCACUGACAGUUUUCACGGGCCCGAUGGUAAGAUAUACUACGGGUUCGUGACGCCUUCGGGGUUGAAGGUGUUUAAGCCGACUAGGGAGAUCGAGGUGCCGAAAGACGAGAGGUAUAAGAGUGGAUUUACUGAUUAUGUGCACGCGUUGAUGUCGUCUAUGGUGUUUAUGUCGAUCGCGUUAUCGGAUCAUAGGAUUACGGAUUGUUUGUUUCCUGGGCAUGGAAAGGAGAUGGAUGAAGUUAUGCAGAGUUUUCCUUUGAUGGUUGGGAUUGUGUGUAGUGGUUUGUUUCUUAUGUUUCCUAAUACCCGGUAUGGGAUUGGGUGUUUGUCGGCUUGAUGGUUGUUGUUGUGAUUUUUGUGUUGUGAAUGCUUGAUCUAUUUAUGCUUUUUUGUUUGUGAAUGUUAUGAUUUUGGGUUUUCAAUGUGUAAGUUAUUUAUAAAUAUUAUCAUUGUUUGGUGUA